CACGUCAUGAGUGCGCGGAAGCAGAUGGCAAUCAUUGCAACGUCUCACAAAUCCAUCGCGCAUCGCAUUGAUUGACAGAAAGAAAAAGAGGAGUCUCUUGGAGGCAAGGCAAUGAUAUGACAAUAUCCAAAAGACAAGGUCAACCAUGAAGGAUCCCAGUGUUCAAUACAUGUACCGAAUAAAAAGUAGGAGAAGGAGAGAUGGGCAUGUGGCUGCUGCUAGUGCUAGUAUUGGUUAUUCCAGGAGAAUGAAAACCCUGUCUUGGGUAGCAUUGCUAUUACUGGUUCAAUUAUUGGGGUUGAUUCCUGCUACCGUUUAUGGAGAUCCUUUGUCAUCAGAUCAUUCUGCCAAUGGCAAUUAUAAUAGAAGAAGCAGCAGUGUGUUAAUACCUCCACCACCCCCGCCGCCCCCAAGCCACCAACCAACAACAACAACUACAGAAGAUCAGAUUCAAAUUGUGGAGACGGAAUAUUGGAAUGGCGAACGAUGGAUGGCGGCGCCUCAGAAUCGCUGGACCACUCAAGACGGACAAGCCAGUAUGUCACCCGCCGAUGUUCAGCAGCCCCCCGAUGGAGUCUUUGACGGGGCUUGGAAAAUCAUGUUGGGAGAUGCUACCGAUGAUUACGGUUGGACCUACUUGUAUCAUCAUGAUUAUUCGUCCAUUUCCCACCAAUUUCCAAAACGACAACGCAUUUGGUUGCGGACGGUCCUUCGACAGCCACAACAACCACCACAACAACAAUACACAAAACAACGCUUUUGGAAAUCACCCGUAUGGUCCAGAACAAGACGUCCCACACCCUUAUCACUACCCCGAAUACAACCGUACCAUCAACUAUUACUACCCCAACUGGAAACAGCCCUGCGACAAGUUCCCACCACCUGCUUGCACGUACAGUCACUUUUACACACGGCACUCCGCAACAUGCAAGACGAUUGGAACUUUAAAGGAUUUGGAUUCUCCUUUUACAAAUCGUUUCUAUUCAAAACCAGCUUUGGCUUGGCCUUUCGCGUUCCCCUCACCACCAACUUUGAUGUAUGGGAACGACAUCCCGAAUGGCCCCGAUUGACCAUGAGUGUUGGAUUCUAUUAUCCAUUCACCAUGACACUCAAUGUGGGCGGAAGUGUCAAUGUCGAAUAUCUCAAAUGGAUUGCUCUGCAAGCAUUACUUACGGCACGGCAUGUCAUUGCCGUCACACUGCUCUUGUUGGCGAGAGGAUUCGUCUUGGCCGGAUCCGCAUUGGCAUUUCCCAUGACACGACAAUGGCACGAAUUGCCCGAACCGCACUUGUUGUUGCCCAAACUCCGCGAUACUCUCGCGCGUCCCGUCAAACCCAACUUUUCCGGAACACUCCAAGAACGAGUUGGUGUCAGUUAUAGUUGGAGACUGUCGGCCAAACGAGGCUACGAAACGCGACGGACGUGCUGGCAUCUCUAUUUGCCGACAUUGCUGAGUGUAUUGCAACAUUUGGAUCGCAUUCAACAAUCCAUUCAGAUUUUUGUAUGGCAACGACGAUUGGAACCGCAUUGGAACAAGUACGGAAGAGACUAUUAUCAUUCCAGUAGUCGCUAUUUGGCAGGCUUUGUCCCGGCGGCUAUUAAAAAGCGGAAGCGAAGCACGGCCACCAAACAACAAAAGAAGAAAAAGAAAAAGACGCUGCCCCAAGAACAGCAAGCCACUACGGACGAAUUCCGACCCGUGUCUCUGUUCGACGAAUCCGCACCGUGGGCUGAAUGGUGGUUGCAACGACAUACGGGAUGUUUGGGUGUAUCCACGGGAGGUCCCAUUCCCUACCCUCCACAUUUCUCCUGUAGUGCCGUGCUUUCUCUUUCUGGAUUCUACUUUUCACCCGAUACCAUUCGUGGCAGCAACAACAAUAAUUUGCCGAUAGUUGUGGAAGAGGAUGAGGAGGAAUCAACAAAGGAAGAAGUGUCGGAAGCAUCCGACGUAGAUGAGGAGGAGGCGUCCAGGGUACCACCGCCGCCACCGCUGCCACAAAAGGUUCAGGCGAAUGCGACUCAGUCUCUACAGAUUGCGUCGACUGCAUCAUCGUCAAAGUCUUCAUCGAGAAAGACAACCUCUAGUGCUUAG